GAAAAAACUUUUCUGCUUGCACCGUCUUUUGGCCUGUGAUUGAAAAUCGUCUGACGAGAGCAAAUCCCUAAUUUGGAAAAACUCCCAAGAUCACGCACUCACUCGUCAUUCGCCCGCGCCCUCGUGGUUCGUCGUCAGUUCUUACCUAGCCGCUGGCUCGUCAGUAUCUCGUCCGCCGUUCGGCAUCAGGCGGAGAAGCCUUGGUCGAACUGCGUGGUGGUCCAUCCUUUCAUCAGCUUCGCGCUUCCAUUGUCUGUGUACAGGGCCUCCGCCGUUCGUCUGUCGCCAGCCACCGUCUGUCCCAACCGCUUGAACUUCAUCCGAAGGUAACUGGGAUCGAACUUCCUUUCUUGGGUGUUCAACGGCGGCUGACAAACAGUCGAGUACAAUAGCCAUAUCAGAAAAGUAGCGAGAAUGCGUAAUAAAGAUUCCAUUACUCUCAACAAUCCUUGUUAUUUGUUAUUUGCUUCAGUUUUCUUUAUAAGAAUGGCUUAGCCAAAGCCGUUUUCAAGCCACCAUCAACUGCUUUGUCCUCCAUUUAUGGUAAAUUUUUCCUUUUAAUGCCAAGGCUGCAUGUUAAAAUGUUUUCUUCUCAAUCAGCAGUGAUCAAUCCAAUUUCAUGGAGAUGGAACAAGAAACGCUGGUUACCUCCUCCGGUGGUCAAGAUGGGAGCCACUCAGAAAGGCCUAGUGAGCCGAGCAGCUCGAGUACUGUUGCCCGGGUAAAGAAACUUUUGUUUAGGCAAGUGCUGGUGGGAAUUAAGGACGGGCGCUUUUUCAUGGGGACUUUCCACUGCAUGGAUAAGCAAGGCAACAUCAUCCUUCAAGAUGCAGUUGAAUACCGCAGCACCCGGCGCAACUCUCCUUCCCAGAUGGAACAACGAUGCCUCGGUUUGAUUCUCAUCCCUUUCUCCUGUCGAACAUCUUGUCAUGUAGAGUGCCCAAUCGAGGAACAAAUGUCUCUGAUGACAAUCCAGGAGUAGAGAGCAUUCUUCGGUUUUACAAUCUAGAAUGGUAUUACCUUACUUUUUCCUUAAAACUUUUUUACCAUAAGAAUGUUUUUCGUCCAUCAGUAAUGAGGAAAUAGAUCCUAUUAAGAUCUAGUGUACAUCCAGAUAGUGUGGGAUAAGCCGAUUCUUUGUUAUUGUGGGACAGAUGAAUAGAGAACUGUGGUGUGCUUUGGAUGGAUGUCAAAUGUAUGAUUUAAGGAUGAACAAGAUGGAUUUGAAUAGUUACUUUCUGGGGCUAUCAAUCAGUCAUUUGUGAACCAAUCUCAUUGAACGAAAACAAGUCAUGUCUGUUACGAAAUUGUCUUCCUUCUCCAGAAUCCUGAAAUGAUGCAAAUGAUCAACUUAACAGUGAUCAUGAUGCUGACUGACGGUCAACUUCUAGGCUAAUGUAAAUUGGGCAUCCAAGUUCCAACACAAGGAAGUAAGUACAGUAACGACUUGGGAGUAUGGUGUCUUUUCUGCUUCGUUAUGAUCAUUCUAUGAUAGCUCUCGAGUCUGGCUGCAUUUGUACCGAUGCCAAUAAGGAAAUAGAGAAUUGAUCGGAGAAAUGAAGAUAUUCUUGGACG